AUGGCUCAUCGGAAUAGCAUUGGUCUGGGGAUCGUGCAGCGUAGCUGCUUUGAGCAGGUGCUGCUGCUGGCGGGACUUGGCAUCCACGGAGCCCAGAUCUUCGGGGACUCCGAAGGGGACACCACUGCCCGCCCAGAUGCCCACGUCUCCCCGCCAGGGCAAGAUGCGAGCCCUGGCACGUGGGGGCCGCGGAACUCCGCCGGCCGGCGGGAGGCGCCGGAGGCCACCCUCACGCGCGGCGGCAAUCGGCGGCCGGAAAAAAAGGACCGGCUGCGGGGGCAUCUCUUCACCGACGCGGUCUUUGGUCUUGACUCCGAGCCCGCCCACGCCGUCGACCUCAGCCCCUACCCCGCUCCCAAUCUGGCCUCGUCACCCCUCCCGCGCUGCCCGGUUCCCGCAGCCUUGGACGCUAUUGCGUCCUUGUCUGACUUCCGGGCGACGGAGGGUCGCGUGCGGCUGCUGCAGGUGGUGGACACGGAAUACACCGCGGACUCGGUGGAAUGGUGCCCGCUGGAAGGCCGCAGGCACUUGCUCGUCUGCGGCACCUACCAGCUGCGGAAGCCGGAGGACCAGCCCGCGGACCCCGAGAGCAAGAGUGGACUUGACCCUGACGAGCCUCCAAGCCGUUUAGGCCGUCUCUACUUGUAUCGUCUCAACGCAGACAGCUCUGCUUGCCCCCUGCUUGAGAUCCAAAGAAGAGAUACUUCUGCAAUCUUGGACAUGAAAUGGUGCCAUGUGCCGGUGGCCGGCCAUGCCCUCUUGGGUGUGGCAGAUGCUGGUGGGUCCAUAGAACUGCUCCGCUUGGUGGGAUCUGAGAAUGCGUACACACUGCAGCCGCUUUCCAGCUUUGCCCUGGAGAAGCAGUGUCUGGCCUUGUCUCUGGAUUGGUCCACUGGGAAAAUUGGAAGGGCCAGUGACCAGCCCUUGAGAAUCCUUAGCAGUGACUCCAAGGGGCAGCUCUACCUGCUAGAGGUGAAUGAGGAGGGGCCUGGGCUGCAGGAGGUGGCCAUGUGGCAAGCCCAUCACUUUGAGGCCUGGAUUGCGGCUUUCAAUUACUGGCAGACAGAAAUCGUUUAUUCAGGUGCCCUCUUCAAGUGUGAAGACACAGUCACAGCACAGGCCUCUUUCUGGGGUGCUGUUUCUGGAGCUCUUCUGCCUGGUGCCAACCUGAAACCACCCAGGAAAAGUGGGGACGAUGGUCUUCUGAAAGGCUGGGACACCAGGACACCUGGCACAUCUGUGUUCACUAGCAAGAGGCACUCCAUGGGUGUGUGCAGCAUCCGCAGCAGUCCCCAUCGGGAGAACAUCCUGGCCACGGGAAGCUACGACGAACACAUUCUACUGUGGGACACUCGGAACAUGAAGCAGCCUUUUGCAGACAUGUCCGUGGGGGGCGGAGUGUGGCGGCUCAAGUGGCAUCCUUUCCACCGCCACCUGCUCCUGGCAGCGUGUAUGCACGGUGGCUUUAAGAUCUUCAACUGCCAAAAGGCAAUAGAGGAGAAGCAGGAAGCCUGCACAGUCUCUGCAUCCCACACAUUGCCCAACUCAUUGGUGUAUGGAGCCGACUGGUCCUGGCUGUACGUCCACAAUCCAUUACAGACCUGCCAGUCAUGCUGCUCAGGUUCCUCUCCCUGCAGCAACUCAGGAGCCAAAGAAGCACAUCUCUCAAACCUGAAGGCUGUGCACCAGUCACCAGCACCGUCUUACGAUCAUUUAGCAGAGAAUGAAGAAGGUCAUACCAGACUUCAGAGCGGAAGCAAACCGAGGACUUCUGUCCAGGCACUCGCAGAGGACAUGAUGAAGAGUGACAGCCAGCUGCACACUGCAGGGACCAAGGUUUGUGACUCUGACCUCUAUCUGGAAGCAGCGAACUUUGACAUCAGCUUCCUAACUACUUGCUCCUUUUAUGAUCAUAUCCUUCACCUCUGGAAGUGGGAAAACAUCUGAGCUGGGGAAGAGGUUGCUUGGCUUGAAGUCAAAGACCAUUUCCACAAAGAAAGCCCAGAGUGCAACUUUGUGAGUGAACUGCUGUCAGACCGUCUCAUUGAGAUUCCUAUUGUAGUCUCCACAGGUGACUGUAUAGGGCUCAGUGUACCUUAUGUCCACAGUGUAAACAGUCAAAAAAGCUAUUGGCUUCUCUUAAAUAAACCUUAUCGGGGGCGCCUGGGUGGCUCA